CACUCCGACACCAACCGAGGAACAUCAGCGCUGCAGUAGAUACUGAAGUACUGGAAUCAUGGACGUCUCCCUGGUCCUCCUGCUCUCUCUGCUCCACGUUUUGAGCACCGGCACAGCAGCUCCUCUGCCAGCAGAAGUUGUGACCAUGACUUCGAAAGUGAAGUGGAUGGCAGAGCAGCUGGUGGUCCGCCUCAACAAAGACUUCAAGGUCCCUCCCGGCCUGACGCUCAGCCCCCCGGUGAACGACCUGGACGGCCUCUCCUCCGUGGUGGCCGUCCUGGAGGGGUACAACAGCCUGAUCUCCGACGCCCUCGACGGCGUCUCUCAGAUCAAGUACGACAUCUCCUCGCUGGCGGGCUACCUGGGCCAGUGGGGGCAGAGGCACUGCAGCGAGCAGCGGCCCAAGCCGCCGCUGCCCGGGGCGCUGCAGGAGCUCCAGAGGCAGAAGGAGUUCAUCGACACCGUGAGCCUGGAGGCGCUCAUGAGGGUGGAGGCGUUCCUCAAUCUGCUGCUGAAGAACCUGGACACACUGAAAACCUGCUGAACAGCAGACUGCCAGCAGACUUUGUGAGUUACUCGCCCUGAUUGUUAUAUUUGUAAAGUGAUUUUAUAUUACUGCAAAAAUGUAUUUUCAAAAAUGCAUUUAUUUAUACACACCUUGUAUUUAUUUCUAUACAGUAAACAAGUCUAUUGUAAGGAUCGUCUUUUAUAUGCACAUAUGAAGCAUAAAUGUAUGUUUGUUUGUAAACCGAACGGCUUUCAGUUUGUUUUACGACACCGCUGCUGUGUCGAAAAUCUGUGUAAUGCAAAGUGCUGCCAAAAGAAAUGUCACAAUGCGCCGUCCCAUCAUCCCUGGAAACUCCAGAACCAGACUGAAACCUCGCCAAGAAAGACUGACAUUUGUGUAAAAACCAAAAAAAUAAAGGGGAACUUUAGUGCAAUAUCAGCAGCUCUUCCGAGACAGCUAUUUCUAUCUGUAUGUAAUAUAAUGUAUAUUUUCCAACUGUAAUAUUGUUUUUUUUUUUUUUUACAAAUGUCAAUAAAAGCUUUUUGUUGAAAUGUCUGUUUUUGGGAGAUAAAGAAGAAGAGUUGGAAAUAAACACAUAAAGAGGCAGCCUGACCAGGUGGAUAUAUUACACAAUGAGUUCGUUUUUAUACCAUUUGUGUGCUCAGGGUACAGGAGUAGGAAGACGUUCAAGAAGUUUUUUUUCAAAUUACUGCAUUAAUCAGCUGAAGAAACUGAGAAAAGGAGACAACAAACAUGUCUUCUAUUAACUUCAUUUAGUUUAGAAGGAAACAGGGAUGUGAAAUAAGAUAACUUGCCCAAGGAAGGGUUAAAUGUCAUUAUUUUCAUUAAAAAAAAACUAAAUAAAACAUGUAUACAAGACAAGUCGAUCCUUACAUAUUUAAAACAUUUAUUCAGAAUAGAGGAACGGAGACGCUCUGGAUGAAGUUUC